UCUAAUUAUAAAAGCAAAUGUUUAGAAAAGUAAUAAUUUUUAAUCUGUUCUUCUUAAAGAUUUAAUAAAAUUCAUUAUGUAUACUCUGUAUUUCACUUAGUAAUUCCAAAAUAUACACAAGAUCUUAUUUUCUAAAUAUAAAUAUGGAUAUGGUACAGAUACGUGAAGCUAAACGUGAAGAUUGCUUAGCUAUAAGAAAUUUAAUCCAGGAGCUAGCUGAUUAUGAGAAAAUGCCUAAUGAACCAAAGAUCGAUUAUAAAAUUUUAGAACGAGAUGGAUUCGAUAUGAAGAAUCCUCUAUUUUUUUGCUACGUAGCAACAAUAGAUCAACAAAUAAUAGGCUAUGCAUUAGCAUAUUAUACUUAUUCUACAUGGCAUGGAAAAAUUAUGUUUUUGGAAGAUCUUUAUGUUACAUCUAAUCAACGAAGAAAACAUGUUGGCACUAAACUUUUUAAGACUAUUGCAAAAAAAGCCAAAGAUACUGGUUGCUAUCGGUUAGAUUUCACAGUGCUUCAAUGGAACCCAGCACAAGAAUUUUAUAAAAGUUUGGGUGCUAUUGAUGUGACAGAAAAAACAGGAUGGCAUGUAUAUCGUUUAAUGGGAUCAGCUUUGGAAACAUUGGCUACUAAUUAAGUAAAAAAGAUUUUAUAAAUAAUAACUAUACAAAUGAUCUUUUAGAAGUAUCAAAUUUAAAAGGAUCAAUAUAUGAAAUAGAUCUUAGAGGAAAUGCAUGUAUAAAGUGGCCCAAUUAUAG